AUGGCAUUUAGGGGAUUUGUCCUGAGUCUAGUUGUGGCCAUUAUGUGUACUCAAAGUGCAGCCCAAUCAGGUUGCACCAGUGCACUCACUAGCUUGAGCCCUUGCCUGAACUACAUAAUGGGAAGUUCAUCAACCCCAUCAGCUUCAUGUUGCUCACAGCUCUCAAGUGUAGUUCAAUCUUCGCCACAGUGCCUCUGCUCCGUGCUUAAUGGUGGUGCUUCCUCUUUUGGAAUCACCAUAAAUCAAACUCUUGCUCUCUCUCUCCCUGCCGCUUGUAAAGUGCAAACUCCACCAAUUAGCCAGUGCAAAGCUGGCAAUGGACCAAUAUCUCCUUCAAUUGCUCCAGUUGGUUCUCCAACAGAAUCACCUGAAGGCUCUAUUACACCUUCUGCUUCAGACUUUCCCUCAGGUGCAGGAUCUAAAACUGUUCCAUCAACUGACGGUGGUUCAUCUGAUGGAAACACUAUUAAAGUCCCUUCCCCCUUGGUGCUCUAUCUUCUUGUCAUUGCGAGUUUUGUCUCAACCAUCUCCAAAUUCUGA